AUGGAUCAAGUAGAACAAGUUUCUGCAGACAGAAGGAAGAGCUGCGGCUGUAGAACCAUUGUGGGAUUUCUCUGCCUACUCUCUGCGGUGGCUUUGCUGGUUAUUGUGGGAGAUCCCACGGGAGCUGCGGUUUGGAGGAGUCAGGAAGAUGCUGCAUCUCGUGAUCUUCACGGAGCGAGUGCCGCUGCUCUGCACAGCCCAGUCUUCCCACCUCAGCCUCCAGCGCGGAGGAAACGGUACACCAUCACGCCAGGGCACCUGAAAUGGGACCACUUCAACCUGACAUACAAGAUCCUGUCCUUCCCGAGAAACCUCAUCAGCGCCAGGGACACGCGCAGGGGACUAGCGGCGGCGUUCCGGAUGUGGAGUGAAGUGUCACCGUUCAGCUUCAGAGAAGUGCCGCGACACGUAGACAGCGACUUGAAAAUAGGAUUUUACUCCAUCAAUCACACAGACUGCCUGGAGUCCCUCAUCCACCACUGCUUUGACGGAACAACAGGGGAACUUGCUCACGCCUUCUUCCCACCCAAUGGGGAAAUCCAUUUCGAUGACCAUGAAUAUUGGAUAUUGGGGAACACCCGCUUCAGCUGGAAAAAAGGUGUCUGGCUGACAGAUCUGGUCCACGUAGCGGCUCAUGAAAUAGGACACGCCUUGGGACUGAUGCACUCCCUGAACCCCAACGCCCUCAUGCACAUCAAUGCCACCUUGACGGGGAAGAAGACCAUCUCUCAGGACGAAGUCUGGGGGAUUCACAGACUUUACGGAUGUAAAGACAGAUUAUUUAUGUGCCCAUCGUGGGCACAGAAAGGUUUCUGCGAGAAGCGCAGGAAGCUGAUGAAAAAGCACUGUCCCUCUGCCUGUGACUUCUGCUAUGAAUUCCCCUUUCCAACGGUUCCCCCUACUCUGCCCCCACCAAGGACAAAAACCAAGACUGUGUCUGAAGGCAGGAACGUCACCUUCCGCUGUGGACAGAAGAUAAUUCAUAAAAAAGGCAAAGUUUACUGGUAUAAAGACAAGGAGCUUCUGGAGUACUCAUAUCCAGGUUAUUUAUCCCUAAAUGACGAUCACAUGAGCAUCAUUGCAAAUGCCAUUAAUGAAGGAACUUACACUUGUAUAGUAAAGAAAAAAGAACGAAUCUUGACAACAUAUUCCUGGAGAAUCAGACUGAAGCACUGA